AUGGCUGAGGUAAGCGAAAAAAAAUUUUGGGUUGAAAUGGACGAUAAAUUCAUGCGUACAUCGAUAGAAGUAUUUGCUUUAGAAGAAGUAAAAAAUUUUAAAUUGGAAAAACCCGAACAUUGGCUGGGUACUGCAGAGCAACAACAACAUUUAUUCGAACAUAUAGUUGCGCGGUAUCUAUGGAAACAUGUUUAUGAGUGUCUCCCCACCGAACAUUCUGGUGUACCCUCGGCAAUUGUGUUGAAGAUUUGGGCUGAUAAUUUCACGAAUGAUAUAGCCACGGGAUGGGGUUCGAUGGUCAAGACAUUUUUGAAGUGUAUCAGCGUGUUUGGUGUCAUACAGCCAGAAGGAAUUUUUUGUCAAAAAACAAUUCCCGAGUUGUUAAAGAUGAAAUAUCAUUUUCACAAUAUGAAUGCAGGGUCAAAAACACGCAUUAUGGACAUACGUUAUAGACAAGUUUACGAAUUAGUAGAUUUAGUUUAUUUUAGAAGUGUUGAAAAUAUAUUUAAAAAAUAUAUUCGAAAAAAUUGUGAGAGUGAGAUUAAUAAUUUUAAAAAAUUAAAAAUUAAUUGUGAAUAA